UUUAUAUUACAGAUAUAUUUUAAAUCUGUUUAUUCAAUUUAAAAAUAAUCUUAAAUGAUUUUUAUGAAAUUAUGUCGUUAAACGUGUAACCUUCAAGUGUCCGCCAUAUUGUUUUUACUUAUAUUUUAAAUUUAGUGUGUAAUUGUUUUGUUUCGAAGUUUGAAUAUUCUUUAGUGUUUUAAUUACAAAUGGCUAAACUGUACUACAGUUUUUGGAACGUGUUUUUUCUUGUUUUCGUUACGAACCCAAUUUUCACGGCUGUUGUAAGAGAAGAGGAAGGAACCUGCAGUCCUGGUGAGGUACAAUGCGGGGAUUUAUCAUGUGUAUCCACGGACAGGAUAUGCGACGGUCAACCUGACUGUCCUGAUCGAGAAGAUGAACAAUUUUGUGAUGGUGCCUCCCAAUCGCUCGUAUCAACAUGGAAGAGUGGGCAUAAAAGAUCUAGAAGGCAGGCGACUUCGAAUUGUCGUAAGAAUCAAUGGCCAUGUCGGGACACAACUUGUAUAAAUUUCGACGGAAAAUGUGAUGGAAUAAUAAACUGUCCCGAUGGAAGUGAUGAGACGUACCCUCUUUGCAGAUCUGAGAAAUGCCAGAGUAACUGGUUCAGAUGUACUUACGGUGCAUGUGUGGAUGGCACCGCUCCUUGCAAUGGUAUACAAGAAUGUGCUGAUAAUUCUGACGAAUUGCUACCUAGAUGUAGAAAUGAGACUGAUGAAGUGUCGGGUCAAUUUAAAUGUGACAAUGGACAGUUAAUAUCUGGUUUUAACCAUUGCGAUGGUGUUGCGGACUGCAGCGAUGGUUCGGAUGAGACAGUUAAAGCGUGUGCAGCAAAAGUCUGCCCUAAUUAUUUAUUUCAGUGUGCUUACGGUGCUUGUGUAGACCAAGGUGCUGAUUGUAAUGGGAUCAAAGAAUGUGCAGAUAAUUCUGACGAAUCUGACGAACUUUGUAACAGAAUAUCAGGACCUGUGACAACAACAGUCAAACCUUUAGCUACUGGUCCUUGUGUACUACCACCAUACCCUGAACACGGAUCAUAUGUGGUGCAGGGAGCGCCCACAGCAUCCCCAGGACAAGGCUUCAAGAGUUUCGCUUUAACUGUCAGCUGUUACCCAGGAUAUGCAUUGGAUGGGUCACAAUCUGUCCUAUGCUUUGAUGGGACAUGGGUACCUCCUAUGCCUAAAUGUAUACGUUAUUGCAAAUUACCACCUCAUCCGAGUGUGGAAUACCGCUGUCUACUCUCCAAUCAGGCAGGAGUCGAAGGCAGUAGACCUUGCAAGGAGUAUGAACCAACAGGCACUGUCGUCAAACCUGAAUGCAGACGUCCUAAUUACUACGCUGCUGGGACUUUGCCCUAUAUGAGAUGUUCAGAAGGCACCUGGGACUAUACGGCUUUUUGUACUGCAGAAUGCGGCAGGGUAACACCGGAAGGGGAAUUCCUUAUAAUCAACGGUACUAACGCGGAGCGGGGAGAGUUACCCUGGCACGCAGGGAUUUACUUAAAAGCUGCUUCACCGUACAUGCAAAUAUGCGGGGGAUCACUUGUCACCACUAAUGCCGUUCUAUCAGCCGCCCAUUGCUUUUGGGACGACACAAAUAAGCAGCGCCCCGCAGAGCUGUACGCGAUCGCUGUGGGCAAGCUCUACCGCCCUUGGAAUUUGAAAGUAGAUGUUGACGCGCAGAAAAGUGAUGUAAAAGAAAUCAAAAUCCCGCCUCGUUUUCAAGGAGCAGCAUCAAACUACCAGGACGACAUAGCUUUAGUUUUAUUAAAGACUAGGAUAGAAUACAAAUACUACGUAAGGCCGGUGUGCUUGGACUUUGAUAUCAACUUUAACAGACGUCAAUUGCAACCGAAUAAGUUGGGCAAGGUGGCAGGCUGGGGUCUUACGUCAGUGAACGGCGCAGCAGCUGGCGUAUUACAAGUAGUCAAUAUACCUUAUGUAUCUAUAGAGAAAUGUAUCGCAAAUGCGCCUCCUGGAUUCAGAGAAUAUAUAACUAGUGAUAAAAUAUGUGCGGGAUACGGUAAUGGUACAGCUCUCUGCAAAGGUGAUAGUGGGGGUGGGCUCGCGUUUCCCGAACUAGAUAAAGGUAUAGAGAGAUUUUAUCUCAGAGGAAUUGUAUCCACGGCGCCGAGUAAUGAAAAUCUUUGCAAUGCCAACACUUUGACAACGUUUACAGAUUUAUUAAGCCACGAACAUUUCAUAAAAGAACAUUUGCAAUUGGACUAGACUACUUGCGUCUAAUAUUGCAUCCGAUUUUCAUUAGGUAACUUCGAAAAUACCUGAAUUAUAAUUACUAGAUGUUGCACGCAACUCCGUCUACGCGUUAAAAAAA